UCUUUUGCCCCCUUUUUCACUCUAGUUAUUCCCUGUAUAAUAUCCACUAGAAACCCGGGAUCUGUACCAUCUCCCGUAGAUGUCCAAACCGGUAAAAACCUAACCUGGAAGUUGGGGCGGCGACGAACAUGUCAUUGUCCGUCUCUGGAGGGACCCCCCCUUUUUAGUGCAGCAUUCUCCAUCCAGACCUACCCUAACUACAUAGGCUUGCAAAACUUGCAAGCCGUAUAAUCAGCAACUCUGAUCGUCCCCUCGUGAUGUACCAGUACCAGGAACAGCUGACUGAUGAUCCCUCGCUGCGCGAUUGGGAUCCACAGGACGCUCAGAGACCUCACCCUCCCCAUACCACACGAGCUUAUCACUCCCCUGCCGCGAAGCAGACACAGCGUGCUGUCCAGCGUAACUCGGCGCCGUGUCAUCGCCUCCCAGGAACAUUGAGCCAUGCCCAUAUCCGCGCCCAUCAUCCCCAUCUCGGUUCGGCUGGACAAAGGACGGGAACUGCGCUAGUCCGUCAUCGUUGCUGGCGGGCGGGGCCCAAUUCCCUUGGCCGACGGAGCCGACGGAGCCGCCGUAGUCGGAGAGGAGAGUGCUCUGAGCCAGGGGGUUGGAGGCACCGCUGUGGAGGGAGAAAUUCGCGCUGGAAUCCGCGGCUGAGGUGGAUGCAGAGUAGACGUGGGGGUCUACGUUGGAGGAGUCGUCAAAGGAGGUGGUGCGCAAAUACACGUCCGGGUAGGGAAGGUACUGGAACGAGGUUUGUUGGGGGGGUUCCAGGUGGUGAAGUGUUGGCGUGAAAGUUCUGAUUCCGGUUGCCCCGCCUGGGGUGGUUCAAGCUGGGUGGGAAGAUUAUUGUUCAUCGAGGACCGGAAGUUGGCAGUGUCGGUGAUGAGGUUGGGAACAUUGGCCGAGGGGGGCUGGGAUGAGGAUGAAUUCGAAAAGGCCGGCGCGAGCUCUUGGGUUGGUGGUUGGCUUUCGGCCCUGGACAUGGCUUGCUCAGCAAUAGGGGAGAGCCCAUGUCUGCUGGCCACCCCGCUAAGCA